AUGCGUGCCUCGUUGCUGCUCGCCGGCGCUUCGGCUGUCCUAGCCAAGUGCAGUUUCGAUACUCUGGUCACCUUUGGCGAUAGCUACACUGACAAUGGCCGCCUUGGAUAUUACAUCAACAACGGUGGAAAAGCUCCCCCGCCGGGUAAGAUGCACGACGAGGGCAAUGUCACAGCCUCUGGCGGCUUGUCCUGGGCUCAGUUCGCCGCUAAGAACGCGGGCGCGAAACUGAUGGACUAUGCCGUUAGUGGUGCGGUAUGCUCCAACAAGAUCGUGUCCCGCAACUUCGACUACAUCAACCGAACGUUCCCGGCCAUCCUAGACGACGAGCUUCCGUCGUUUGAGGCCGACAUUGGCUUCAAGGCGCUGUACCCACACCGCACGGCAGGUAACACCGUAUACGCCGUAUGGAUCGGGACCAAUGACCUGGGUUUUGACGCGUUCUUGUCCGACUCGCAAACCCCCGGCUUGACUAUUAGUGAUUUUGCCGAGUGCAUCUUCUCUGUGGUCGAUCAGGUCUACAAGACCGGCGGCCGGCGCUUUGUGCUGCUCAACGAGGUACCGCUGGAGUUGACGCCGCUGUACAACACCCCCGACAACGGCGGCACGCUGGACUCUCAGUUCUGGAAGAGCAAGAGCAGCUACAACAUCACUGAGUACAGCCAGAAGAUAAAGGAGUACUCGUCCCUGGUCAACACGAUCCUCGACUAUGGCGUGGCUGUCCAAGCUUCGAUCAAGAAGCGCUGGCCUGACGCCGUUGUCGACGUCUUUGACGUCCAUAGCCUCGUCAGCGAUAUUUACCACAACCCCGCCGAUUACCUCGAGGCACCGCAUGAUCCCGCUCUCUACUUCCACCACUGCGAGCCGGCCGGCAGCCCAUGUGUCGACCAACCCGGCUCGCUCAAUGGUUAUCUUUGGUACGACGAGUUACACCCGUCCAACAAGACUAGCUCCAUCAUUGGCCAGCAUUUUAUCGACGUGGUGGCUGGCAAGUCCAAGUACGGAUCCCGUUUCCAUGGAAAAUAA